AUCUCUUCUUCCUAUAUAUAUUACAUACACACGCAUUUGUAAAGAUAUCCAAAGAUUUAAACCAUUCUUGAUCCAUUAAAAAAACAUCAAUACACAUACACAUAACAUCUUGCCUUAGAUCAAAUUUCGUUACACUAAUCGUUCUAAGAUGAGCCAGUACAACAAUCACAACCAAUCUGCAGGAGCUAACCCUCCACCACCGAUUUCAACCGGCGGACCGCAACCACCGAUCGGUUACCCGACGAGCGACCCGAGUCACGGUUCAGUGGCUCCUGUUAAAGCCGAGACCAAGUCUAAGGGUGACGGCUUCUUCAAAGGCUGUCUUGCGGCCAUGUGUUGCUGUUGUGCCCUGGACAUCUGCUUCUAAGGAGUUACAAUAACAUUGGAAUGGUUUUAUUUACGACGACUUGUGUGAAUGUGAUGUGAAUUAUUCUCUUCAGCCUUAUUGUAUAAAAUAUUAUAUUAUUGGUUUGUGAAAUCCUUGUAAGACUUGUUGGGUUUUUAUUCGAAGGCUUAUGGGUUAUUUUUUUCCGAACCAUAUUAGUUUUAUAUUUUAUCUUUGAAUCUCUUGUAUUUUAAAUUCAUUUAUCUUGCCCUCAGUUUUGUAUCUUCAAUCAAAGGGAUAAUAUAUAAAAUUAGACAAUUUGGUUGCUU